AUGGCCGAGGAUUCCACCGUCUUAAGCGUCACCCUGCCAGCCGACUUUACGACCGGUCCCUCACCGUCAAACAGCAAUAAUACCGCAGUUGAUGGAGGGUGGAGUGAUUGGGGUGAAUGGCAUACCUGUACCGAAAGCUGUGAAGGGGGUUUGACGGUUCGAUUCAGGAGGUGUAAUAACCCCAUGCCCUCUAAUGGCGGCGCCAACUGCACCGGUUUCUCGAUGGAGCAAGGCGCCUGUAAUACCGACCCAUGCCCUGUUGACGGGGGCUGGAGCUCCUACUCAGACUGGGAUGCUUGCUCCGUGUCGUGCGGAGGCGGGAACCAAACUAGGACCAGGACCUGUUCCGAUCCAACUCCAGCCUAUGGAGGGGCUAACUGCACCGGGGAGAAUAUAGAGGUCCGGGCCUGCGGGGAGGGCAUCUGCCCCACUCAUGGAGGUUGGAGUGCCUAUGGUUCUUUCUCACUUUGUAACACUGACUGCCAGAAGACUCGGUAUCGGACCUGUACGAACCCCGCCCCUAAGGAUGGGGGCGAUGACUGCCCCGAUAGCGAGGUCGAUGUCUCCUACUGUAGCGUUCUGGAUUGCCCAGUCAACGGACAGUGGAGUGAAUGGAGCGUCAUUACAUGUGAUGAAACUUGCAGAGGUAGUAAGCGACGGACCUGCAGCAACCCUCCACCCCUGAGAGGAGGGGCAGACUGUGUAGGGUCCUCCAGGGAGGAGUAUGGGAUCUGCACAGGCUUUAAAUGUGUACAAAAUGGUGCGUGGUCGGACUGGGCUCCAUGGUCGUCGUGCAGUAAGACCUGUGAUCGAGGCGGCAUAUCACAUCGACGACGCCACUGCAGCAACCCUCAUCCACGCAAUGGAGGCAAGGACUGUCCAGCUGUUGAUCCCGACUACGAUGAGAAGUCCUGCUUCUCCCAUCCAUGUCCCGUACCUCCUGAUUACGUCAGACAUGUCAAAGCCAAGAACUACAACAUCAACUGGAUGCUCAUCCUCUCCAUCGUGUUUGGUAUACUGGGUGUCUUCACCGUCUCCCUCAUCGUCGGCCUCUGUUUCAGACAGAAACAGCUCAAGAUCAAGAGACGAAAGAUGCUUGAUGAACGUGAGAAGGAUAAGCUGUACAAGGAUGCUGCAGAAAUGAGUAUCAUUCCGGAGGGGAAGAAAAGUGCUGCGGAGAAGCUCCGUCGUCAACAACUUAAAGCGAAGCUGAAAAAGAACGGAAAUUUGGACGAAACUGAGGGACUAUUGGACGGUGAGGAGGACUUUGGAUUGCUUGAUGAAUACUGGAAGACCAGACCAGAUAGCGCUAGCUUGGCUGGAAGCCUCUCUCGCUCUGGUAGUCUCCGCUCCCGCUCUGGCAGCAUGCGGUCCAAGUCUGGAUCCACUGUUGAUCUUAGACCUGGCACAGCAACGGAUAGACGCGGGUCGGCUUUGGAGAGACCUGGAUCAGCUGGAGAUAGGCCUGGAUCUGCACUCGAAGCAGGACCAGAUUUGAGCCCUCGUGCUCCUGCCUGGCAACCAGACGCGACAUCGUGGGAAACUCCAGAGGACACUCUCAUCAAGAUCGACGGCGAGGAGACCCAACAAGCCGUGCCCGGCGAGCAGAGGAAGACCAGGAUGAGGAGGAGGAAGAAGAGGAGACCGUCGCAUGGCAACGUACAUCGUGUGUCGGCCGUCAUCGAGCAGCACGAAGAACCUUUCGAACUCGCCCAAGACGCUGCCGACGAAGCCCGUGUUGCGACGCCGGAUAUGAUGCAGCAGCUCAUGCAGUUGGAUGCUCAGUUGAAGGAGAUGGCUGGCCACCAAGUAUCUCAGACCACCGGAGGGGUGACGGGAGGCAUCGUCCCCGGCUUCAGCGGUCUGACUGAUAUCCUGGGGGCUCCACUUACAGACGUCAUGCAAGGUAAUACCAUCGCACCACCACAAGGGAACAACAAACAAGAGACAGCGCCAAGCAAUGUCGGGAUGAGCCUCGGACAAGCCAUGAACGGCAAGUCCGCCAAUCAACCGGGCGCACCGGUCGCCGCUCCCCGUGGAGGCAAUGCACAACACGCGAUGCCAGUCAAGGGAGUGGGAGCAGCGAACAGACCACAAGGCGCAGAUGGUGGGAUGAAUCUCCAGCAGGCCAUGGGCGGUAAAGGAGCCCACCAAGCUGCUCAUCCAAGCCAACAGCCGCAGAGACAACAGGCUGCGGGCGGGAUGACAAUGCAACAGGCAACCGCUGGAAAGGGUGCUCCAAAACAAGGCAACGAGCAGUCUGUCGGUGGUAUAUCCUUACACGAUGCCUUCAAUGGCAAAUCAUCUGGCAAGCCACAAACAGCCCAGCAAACAGCCGAACAACCAGCCCAACAACCUGCCCAACAACAACAGCAACAGCGUGGAGGUAUGACUAUGCAGCAAGCAACCGGCGGGAAAACUGCGGCUCGACCGCGCUCUUCAUCACGUGAGGGAAUUACAAUGAAACAUGCACCUGGCGGGAAAACCGCAGCGCGCCCGCGCUCUUCUCCGCAGGGAAGUGUUACGAUUGAACAGGAGACUGGCGUAAAAGGGGCGGCUUUACCGCGCACGCCUCAACGGGGUGGUAUGACGAUGGAACAAGCGACUGGCGGGAAACCGAUUACUCCGCGAGGUGGGGCUGGUUUCACAUCAUCGAUACAGGCUCCACCCGUGAAAGCAGGCUGGACUACAGGCGGCAGCAUCACCCUCCAGCAAGCCAUGGGACCAAAGAUAGCGCCCCCUACCGGCGUCAGCAAGAGUAGGAGCUACGACAGCAUGAUCCGUGAAGCCAUGGGCGCCAACUAUGGCCAGACUGAUGCGCCGAAGAAACCAAGACGUGCUUCUCUCAAUGUUAUGGGCUUGUCGAGAGAGAGAAGCGAUCUGAACCAAUUCAACAAGCAUUACGGCGAGUUACCCAAGGACAACAUCGAGCUGGAGCAGGAGAUUGCUGAGGGUGCAUAUGGUUCCAUUCACCGGGCAGGUGUCUGGUUGCCCGGGCAGAAGGAAGAUGAGGAGCCGACAUCUAUCUUGAUCAAAGUUCUCAAUCGUAACGUUUCCCCCACCUCCAAGGCUGCCUAUCUUCAAGAGAUUGAGACGAUGAAGAAACUCAAGGCCCAUCCUAACGUCAUUGCUUUCGUCGGCUGCUGCACCAAGUCAGAUCCGUUCUUCAUGAUCUUGGAGUACGCGUCAAAGGGUCCUCUCCAGACGUUCCUCCGCCGUAACCGGCCGGGAACCCCUGGUGCCAAGCCCCCUCCAGCUGAAAUCUUCCUCCGAUUUGCCAUCCACACGGCCAAGGGAAUGACGUUUCUCCAGACUCAAAAGGUUGCUCAUGGUGAGCUGACGAGUCGAAACAUCCUUCUCAACGACUAUCUGAGAGCGAAGGUAAACAACAGCUAUCGAAUCAGAACGCCGACUGAUAUCGUAACACAGGGUCGCAUGGGGGUCCGAUGGAUGGGGCCAGAGGUGCUUGGUGGUGGUUCCUACACCCCUGCUAACGAUGUCUGGUCCUUUGGUAUACUACUCUGGGAGUUGGUCUGUUUCGGUGCCACGCCUUACACCGGUAUGUCAUCUCGUGACGUGAAAACCCGUAUCCCGGCAGGCCAUCGUCUCGAACAGCCGCCUCAGUGUCCAGAUGAAACGUAUGAGUUAAUGAAGAGUUGUUGGCAGGCUGAUCCGAGCCAGAGACCUUCCUUCAGGGUGCUGGUUCAUGAACUGGAGAAGCUAGCACCACAGGACUUCAUUGACGUCAGCCGAUUUGUUCCUACCCGAUAUGAAUACAUGUAAAACCAAGACUGUAUCUCUCACCACGGACCUAUACGAUCAUGCUCUUACUGUGGUACUUCUUCGAUAACAUGUAAAGACAAAACAUACAAAAACAUACAAACAGACAAACAAAUAAACAAACAAAACGUGAUGUUUACAAUUUUACGAAAGAACGUGUGUAUCAAUUUUCACCUAAUUUGAAGGAGUCUAUAGAUGGUGUUUCAUUUUUCCCUCACCUAGAUUCCAAUGUAAACAUACAAUUUUAGUCUGUUAAAAAUACCCACCAGCAGAUGGGUUUUUAGAUCGUCGUCAUAAAACAGUUCACACAAAAAGUCGUACAAAACGUGUAUCUGAACGAGAACUGAACAAAACAUCAUUGUUCAAACUGUUAUUUUCCAGAUAGCGCAUGCGUGUACACGUGACUCUCGAUCUAUUUCUGUAUCUGGAGAUCAUACAAAAUAUUGGUUAUGUAAUAAUUAUGUAAUUAGUAUAAGCCUACGAGGUCCGUUUAGAAACCAGUAGUGUAAUUGUCAUUUUUACCCUAUUUAUAUGAUACCAAAACAUAAGAAAUAUAAUAUACCGCUUAACAAAAAUUAUAAAAAAAUCAUGACUACAUCUAAAUGUAAUAUUUUUCUAGUCAAUUCAAAAUGUUAUAUGGGCGUAAGGAAACGAUAAGUCUUUCUUACUUUGCUUAACAAGCUGAAAAUGUCGAUCGGCUCUUCUUUGGUUCAACAACAAUUUGUUAUCGAUAUCACUUUUCCUUUUAUAUUUCAACUUUUGGGUCUAUACUUGGGCAGCAUACUGCACUCUGCGACAUAAUCCACAUUCCAUAGCUAACAAUUUUGUCUUAAUCUUGACAUUGACGUAAUACAAAAUCUUCAAGAGUUAAAUAGUGUCUAGUAUUUUUCAUUAUUGGGACCACCUUGUUCGUCAAUAAUUGGUAUUUACAUUUCGAAUCCAUAAAUAAUGGGAGGAAGAUAUCAAAUUCUCUUCUGAAACUUAUGUAAACUAUUUAAAUGCAGAAAAUCUGAAUUGCCAAUAUAAUAUUUAAUGAAGUUGUAUAUAAUGUAUAUAUUGAUAUGAGUUGAUUUAGUCUAUAUAUUUAGUGAAGUUUAUUAUGUAUCUUUUAUGACGGCAGUGUUGUGAACACUGGACAAAGUUGUAUAUAAUUAUAUUUGGAUAAUAGAGAUUUUUAAAGAGGGUUUUAUGUCGCUCAUUAUCCAUCGUAUGUAAUAAGAAUAGGCUGUAUUUUAUUAACUUGUAUGGCAUCUUUAUGAUGUUUUUGUCGGGUUUAUACUAUUGAACUAUCCCCAAAUAGGUAGGUUUAUUGUCAUAAUUAUGUAUAUAGUCAGCUUGUCUUGUUCUUCAUUACAGGGUAUUCAACGUAGCAAUAAACUUUAUAUUGUCAAACCGU